GUUCGAAAGUGUGGGCUUUGCACGUUGCAUACGCGUCGCGUUGUCUUGAACAAUGUUUUGUAAAAUCGGAUUUUCUAAAUAUUUUAUAACCCCAUUAAUGCCGGACUUUUAUCGUUUGCUCGAAAUCAUAACGUCGUGAAGUGUUACGAGUGUGUUUACAACAUUUUAAUUGCUUCAAAAGUGUUGGUGCAUCUCAAAGUGACUUGUGAAAUUAUGGACUGCCACCUGCAACGAAAAUUUUUUUAAGACUUUCCUUUCUCGCUGGCCAACUUGGAACAAGAUUCAACAGCUGGACCUUGCUAAAGAGAGCCGUUGCUAGGACAGCAUGGCGCGCAAAAGGGGAACAUGAUGGCACACGAUGGCUCCCCUUUCCUGAUACUGGCAAGCCUACUGGGCCUGGUCGUUUUAGCUCAAGACAGCAAAUGCCCUACACUUGCUGCUAAUCCAUCCUGUCCCUGUUUCAAUUUCGAAGAUGGCAUUUUUUUGGAAUGUCCAGCAGCCACUGCCAACUCCUUGCGUUCUGUUCUGCGGAUGGUGUCGGGACCAAUUCAAUCGCUCAGCAUUUAUGACCUGGAUAGAACCAUCGCAAAACUCACUCCAGACUUCUUUCCUGAGGGUUCUGUGAUCAAACACUUACAGAUAUCACAAUCCAACCUCGAAGAAAUACAGGGCGAUUGUUUGAUAACAAUUAAACCGGAAUUGGAAUCUCUCAGCUUGGUUUCCGGAAAGUUACGCGAGAUUCCACAAAAAGCUUUCACAGGUUUAGUGAAACUCAUUGCUUUGGAUUUGGAAUCGAACGAAAUCAAUGAUUUGCCAAGUUACAGUUUUUAUGGACUUCGGUUGAUUAAACUGAACAUGAAAGGCAAUCAAAUUCAAAAAGUAUCAGAGUAUGCAUUCGCAGGGUUAGAGGAUUCACUUUCGGAAUUAGAUUUAGCAGAAAAUAAAUUGUUAAAUUUUCCAAUGACGGCGUUUAGAAGAUUAGAAAGGUUAAAAUUAUUAAGACUGUCUUGGAAUCAGAUAAGUUCUAUACCAGAUGAUGGUUAUUCUCGACUAGAUUCACUUCUGUUCUUAGAUUUAAGUUCGAAUAAUUUUGAAAAACUGGCCGAAGACUGUUUUCGACCGUGCCCCUCCGUCCGUACAUUGUCUCUAUAUUACAAUGUAAUAGAAUCCGUGCAUCUCGACGCUUUUGCUUCUUUAAUACACCUCGAAUCUCUCGAUUUAAGCCACAAUAAAAUCGUGUUUCUGGAUGCAGCCACGUUUCACACGAACAAACAACUACGUUCUAUCGAUCUAAGCCACAACCAUGUACAUUAUAUUAGUGGUGUAUUUGCAUCCUUACCAGACUUAAAAGAACUUUUUCUUUCUGAAAACAACAUCCUAGAAAUCCCAUCGGACGCUUUUACAGAUUCAACGAACUUAUCCGUAAUUUACCUCCAGCAGAAUGCAAUACGUCGUAUAGACCCUGAAGCUCUAUUAACGUUAGCAAAUUUAGCACAAUUACAUCUCAGUUCAAAUUUUGUUCCACAUAUUCCUCGAAAUUUGUUCCAACAGAACCGCAAUCUUACAUCUUUGAGCCUAGACAGCAACUGGAUAUUGGAUUUGGAGCCUGGGACUUUUGAUAAAACAAUCAGCUUGAGGGAAAUUCGUUUGCACAAUAAUCGCCUUCAGGGUGUACAUCGCGGUGUCUUCGAUCCUUUGCCAUCUUUGUUGGAGUUGCACUUACAGAACAACGAGAUCGCUUCCAUAGAUUCGGGGGCUUUCCACACCUUGCAGAGUCUACAACACGUUAACCUGCAGGGAAACGUCAUUUCGGAACUUGGAGACGUGUUCAUGCAUGAAUCGCCGUCGUUAGUUUCGAUACAGUUAGAUUCGAAUAGUAUAAUUUCAUUACAUAACGAUUCCCUUAGAGGCCAAUCAAGUGUCCAGAUCAUGUGGCUGGGACACAACCGGCUGAAAAGAUUGGAUAGUGCAUUGUUCAGGGACCUGCUAUUGAUUCAACGCGUCUAUCUCACCAAUAAUAGCAUUUCAGUUAUCGAAGAUCGCGCCUUCGAGCCGAUGCAAGCCCUCAAGUUUCUCGACCUGGGAAUGAACCAGCUUAGAGAAAUUAGUAGAAGAACCUUUGCCGAGCUGCAUGAGUUGGAGGAAUUGAAUUUGUCGUACAACGUGAUUGCGAAAAUCGAGCCACGAGCGCUCACGAAUCUUAAGAAAUUGAGGGUCCUAGACUUAUCACAUAACUUCUUAACGGUACUUCACGACACAAUUUUUCAAGAGGCAUUGCCUAUAAGAGUUCUUAAUUUAAUGAAUUGCUCGAUAUCUGUAAUAGAACCCGGCGCCUUUAAAGGUCUCAACAAUUUAAACGAACUCAACUUGAACGCUAAUGAGCUGAUUUCACGAGAUUUGGGACAUCUAGAUAUUCCCGGUUUAAGGGUAUUGAAACUAUCCAACAAUAAUUUUAGUGAUUUGUUCGACACGGCUCUCAACGGCCUACCCUCCCUCCAAGUGAUUGCACUUGACGGUUGUCAUAUAGAAAAACUCCCACACAACAUAUUCCUCAAGAAUAAGAACUUGCUUAAAAUUGAUCUCAGCCACAACUCCAUCGCCGAACUAAAACACGACAUUUUUCUCAAUUUAAACGUAUUCAAGGACCUAAAAAUCACCGCAAAUGUUUUCAAAGAACUACCCUAUACAGCCUUAUUGAAUAUUUCAACUAUGGAAAUUUUAUCCAUUUCUCACAAUAAAAUCACGUCCAUGGAUAUUUCGCGCCUCAACGGCUUACCUAAUUUGAAAGAAUUGGAUUUAAAAAACAACCUAAUCUCAUCGCUGACGGGUUUCGCAUCUUCAAAUUUAACGCAGGUGCUUUCGGUGGACUUGAGUGGUAAUUCUUUGUCCGCAUUGCCCGCCAACUUCUUCCAUCACUCGCCGUUAAUGCGUAGGAUGGAUCUUUCGCGGAAUCGAUUCCGACAGAUUCCAAACUCUGCGCUCUCAGGAAACACUUUACCAGGUCUGACUUGGCUUAAUCUAACGGGAAAUCCAUUAAUUCGUAUCCACGACAUCUCAACCGCCCACCGAUACCCUUCUUUGGAAGAGAUCCACAUCAGUCAUACCAACCUUACCAUCAUUACCAGCAUAGAUUUCGAGAACUUUCCUGGAUUACUGCACGUUCAUCUUGGUUUCAAUCGCAUUUCAAGGAUUUCACCCGGCGCCUUCGGAAAUUUGCCACACCUGUUGACACUAGACUUGGGUGUCAAUGAAAUAGAGCUACUGCCUCAAGAACGUCUUCAGGGACUCAACAACUUGAGAGUGCUUAAUUUGACUCAUAAUAGACUCAAAAAUUUGGAAGAGUUUCCUAAAGAUUUAAGGUCGUUACAAAUACUGGAUAUUUCGUUUAAUCAAAUCGCCAGAAUUAGUAAAAUCACUUUCCAGCAUGUGGAAAAUCUUGCCGAGUUGUAUUUGUACGGAAACUGGAUUACAUCGGUAUCCAGUGAAGCUUUCAGACCACUAAAAAAGUUGAGGACGUUGGAUUUGAGUAGAAAUUAUCUUGAGAAUAUUCCUCUGAAUGCUUUUAGGCCUCUGGAAACGCAAAUAAGAAGUCUUCGUACUGAAGAAAAUCCGUUGUCUUGUAGUUGCGACUCGCAGGAACUGUGGGAAUGGCUCCGUGAUCACCAAAAACUUGUUGAAAGGACAAAUACGUUAGAGUUACGCUGCGAACAUCCACCAGAACUGAGAGGUCGUGUGUUUCUAGACCUGGAUCCGGAACAGUUCUGUGAUCAACCUCUUGUUAUCAAACUGGGCAUCCAAGACAUACAACCUUACUCAGUUUUUGUCUCUUGGCAAAGCCGAAAUCAUUCUGGAGUACAUGGAUAUCAAGUGAUGUACUAUUCCAUUGAAACAGCAGAUGAGAUUCGCGGUCGAAUGCUGGACCGCAAUUCACGCUCCAUGAAGCUUUCAAAGCUUUAUCCAGGCACCCGAUAUUUAAUAUGCGUACUGGCUCUCGGCAACUGGGCAUCAUAUCGUCGAGAAAUUACACAGUCGCGUUCUGCAGUUCGCAAUCCAGAUAACAGUUCUGCACGAGACUCUCUCGAAAUUUUUAACGAUGUCAUGCUACCUCUUUUGGUGGAUUCACAGACGAGCAAAUGCACCGAAGUAAGCACACUUGUGGCUCCAGACGGUGUCCAUGUUGGACUGGGAGGCUUAUCCGACUACGGUUUAGGGUUGACACAUCGGUUGAUUGUUAUUUGCAAGGUUAUGUUUGGAGAAGUUUUGAGUAAAAUGGAUAACUCUGUUUGUAAUGUUACAUUAUUGCAUUUGCUUGAUGAGGCAGUCAGUGAUGUUGAGAGUUUGGAGGAAUUGUCAGAUUUGGAUUAUGCAAGUUCUAGUUCAUCAGGAAGUUCCACUGGAAAAAAACCACGCCGAACGCUACAUCGCAUAAACAAUUACAUGCAAACAAUCGAAGAAUAUGACAAUGACGAAUUUAAAGAACACUUUCGUUUAAGAAGGACAACAUGCGACUUUGUCAUCGAAAAAGUUAAACAGGCAAAAAUUUUGCCGACACACAUCUAUGGACGUAGGAAAGUUUCUGUAAAGAAGGCCGUCUAUAUGACUGUCUGGUAUUUGAGUAACAUAGAAACAUUUCGCCAAAUUGCAGAUCGAUUCAAUGUAACAAAAAGUUCAGCAUAUCGUAUUAUUUCAAAAGUCACAAAUUUCUUAGUACAAUGUAGUCAAAGGUACAUUGUAUGGCCAAGUGAAGAAAGAAUAGAAUGUGUAAAAAGAGGAUUUUGUCAAAUGCAAGGCAUUAAUGGUAUUGUCGGAGCUAUAGAUGGUACACAUAUUAACAUAAAACGACCUUCUUUAAGGCAUGGACACGUAUAGGAGACUACAGUAUUUUGCUUCAAGCUGUUUGUGACCAUCAGAAAAAGUUUAUAGAUGUGUUUUGUGGGGAAGCAGGAUCUAUGCAUGAUGCUAGAAUGUUGAAAAAAUCAUCUUUAUAUGAUAGAGCUUGCAAUGGGUUUCUAGGUGAACAUUUUUUAUUGGGAGAUUCAGCAUACCCUUGUACACAAUGGUUAAUUACGCCCUAUAAAGAUAAUGGUGCAUUAACUCACAAUCAAAAAAGAUUUAAUUAUAAACAUUCAUCAAGAAUUGUAAUUGAACAUGCAUUUGGCUUAUUGAAGAGUAGGUUUCGAAGGCUAAAAAUGUUUGAUAAUUCUAACAUUUUCUUUGUUGUUAAAUGUGUUGUGGCAGCAACUGUAUUGCACAACAUUUGUAUUGAUUUUGAUGACUUGGUUGACUAUGAAAACGAUUUUGAUGGGCAAUUUGUGCAAGAAGUCAGUGGUAUUGUUGCAAGGACUUCUCGAAG